CGACGUGACGCCAUAAGGCUCCGCCGCGCUCCUGCGUUUGUGAUUCGGCUGAAGAAAGGACAAAGUGUCCAUACACACAGAAAAACUUCUGGUAGAUCAACUGAGAUCCACGUGACACACUGUUGUAAAGAUGGCGUUUAUUAAAGAAGAGAGUGACGACAUGAAGAUUGAAGAAACAUUCAGAGUCAAACAUGAAGAUACUGAGGAACAAACAGACCUGAUGGCGCUGAAAGAGGAGAGUCAAGAACUGAAUGAAACACAAGAGAAAGAUCAAAAUGAGAAACACUGUAUUUUCAAAAAUGGAGAUGAAUCGAUUAGUUGCUCGCAGACUGACAAGACUUCCUCACCAAAAAAAGCUCAAAAAACACAAAGUACAAACCUUCAUUCCGAGAUGAGAAUUCACACUGGAGAGAGCUCUUUCACCUGCCAACAGUGUGGACAAAUUUUCAAUCGGAAAGGAAGCCUUACAAUCCACAUGAAAUUUCACAUUGAAAAGAAACCGUUAAUAUGCCCUCAUUGUGGAAAGUGUUUUACACAAAAACAACUUCUUAAUGUCCAUAUGAGAAUUCACACUGGAGAAAAACCUUACACCUGCAAACUGUGUGGGAAGAGUUUCACACAGAAAAAUAACCUUAACGUCCACAUAAAAAGACACACUGGAGAGAAACCUUACACCUGCAAACUGUGUGGGAAGAGUUUCUCAUUAAACGGAUAUUUUAAGAUUCACAUGAAAAUUCACGCUGAAAAGAAACCAUUAAUAUGCCCUCAAUGUGGACAGUGUUUUUCACAGAAAAAACUCCUUAAUGCCCACAUGAGAAUUCACACGGGAGAGAAACCUUGCACCUGCAAACUGUGUGGGAGGAGUUUCACACGUAAAGGAAACCUUAAGACUCACAUGAGGAUUCACACUGGAGAAAGACCGUUCGUAUGUGCUCAGUGUGGAAAGAGUUUUACACAGAAAAAACUCCUUAUUGGCCACAUUACUGUUCACACUGGAGAGAAGCCUUUCAUCUGCCCUCAGUGUGGAAAGAGUUUCUCGAUUAAAGGAAACCUACAGGCUCACAUAAGAAGCCAUACUGGAGAGAAUCCAUUCACAUGUGAUCAGUGUGGAAAGAGUUUCAGAUAUAAAGAGAACCUUAAUUAUCACCUGACGAUUCACUCAAGAGAGAACAGUUUUAAAUGUCAACAGUGCGAAAGGAGUUUCACAGACACAAAUCACCUUAAGAAUCAUGUUAAAGUUCACAUUGGAGAAAAGCCUUUCAUGUGCCAUCACUGUGGAAAGAGUUGCUCAAAAGGAGGACACCUCAAGGAUCACUUGAGAACUCACACUGGAGAGAAACCUUUCACCUGUGAACAGUGUGGAAAGAGUUUCACAUUUAAAGGAAACCUAAAGACUCACAUGAGGAUUCACUCUGGAGAGAAGCCUUACAAGUGUCCUCGGUGUGAGAAGUGUUUCACACGUCAAAGCAGCAUGAAACGUCAUUUGCAAACUCAUUCUUCAGAUGGACUCUUUAACUGCGGUUGAAACCACAUACUCUGAAGAAGUACUUAUUUUCAAUACAAGUAUUUAUUUAAUGAGUGCUAAAAUAGUAUGUAGUCUGUUAUGAUGUGAUUGUUAUUUAACACAUGUAGCACUGACCCUUUAACUGUAACACUGAGCGAGGUGACUGAGAUAAACAUGCUGUUCAGUAAAAGCAGGGUCACAGAUACAAAGUAGUUGUGUGAGAGUUAUUUAUUUGCUUUGGAGAAGAAUAAGAGUGAAACAGUCUAUAGCCUAAAUGCGUUAAGUAUGAAUGCAAUCUGCACAUUAUCCAUCGUGUUGACGUUGCUGGGCGAUAAUUCGAUAACGAUAAUUAUCGCGAUGUAAUUUUCCUCGAUAAAACUAUAGAGUUCGAUAAAUGUUCGUUAUCAUUUUUUAUGUGCCAAAAGCGGAACGAAACAGCGCGAUUUGAAUCGCGCCACAAAGACCGUUUAUCCGCUGGGACCAAAGUUCAGCGAUGAACACAAAUGACUGCAUAAUUCAAACUAGUUUAAAGCUGUGUGCAAGUCAGCAGGCUUUUCAAUGUACACAUUGCUAUCAUUUACCAUGGAUUUACUGUAGUAACACUCACUGCACCAGGGGCGUAAUUUUCACUUUUCAAAAUCCUGUUCGUGUCCCCCACUUUCAAAUACGUUUGUUAAAUUAAUGUCUUGUAUUGUAAAAUUCGCGCAACGGUUAAAACGAAACCGAAAGUAAAACGCGCACGCGCAUUCAAAAGCACUUUUUAUACCCCGCGUUUAGAGAGCGGUUCCCCAAUGCGCGUAAAUUAGGCUACAUAACAUACCUAGGCUGUUAUUUGUAUGUAGGUUAGUGUAGUUAUCUAUAGCUCUGUAUCAUGCUUGUAAAAUUUGGUCUCUAUUCGCACUUUGAAUAAUGAGAUAGUAGCCUAGUCUAGGUUGGUUAUGGCUUCACUUAUUGUUUGCCCUUAAAACGACUACUUUUUGUUUAGACUUUUUUUAUUUGUACUGUUUUUAUUUAUAUUUGUAAAAAUCUUCAUUUAGGUCAUAAUUCAUGUACAGUUUUAAGUUCUAAAGAGACUCACAUAAAAGCAUACAGGAGAGAAGCCAGUCAGUUGAGUUUGUAAUAUAUGUAAAUGCAAAAAAUGGGAUUCAAAUCGAAAAUAUUUUUCCCCAUUUUGUGUCCCCACCACUUCUCAAACCAAACACCCUUGCACUGCACCAUGGUAUUGUGACAGCAAUUCACAUUGAAAAUUUUUUACAGGAGUAAUGGUAUGUAAUUAUAAUAAGUAUGUAUUUGUUAUUAAGCUAUAGCAUGUGUGCAUUCAUACCAGUUGUUUUUAGACUACUGUUUUUCAUACAAAUAGGCUACCUAUAAAACCAUGUUGUUUUUACCAUGGUAUUGAGGUACAAUUAUGUGUGGUUUUACCUGUAUUUAUCAUGAUUUAAAAUGUAUGCUUGCUACUAUGGAAGACCAAUGCUUAAUUAAAAAA